AAGGCACCUAGCAACGCGUCUAGUGCCUGAGCCUAUUUUCGAUAACAAAAUGGACUAUUUUAUUGGGAUUAAAAGUUGAAAUGUUUAGAUCUAUAACACGAGCAUUGUUUUUGACCACGAAGUAACAUACUCUUUUUGGAUUAAAUUUUAGCAGGAAGAUAUAGACUCUAUGAUACUUCAGUUCUGCUGAAACGUUUCAAGUAUGCCGAAGUCUAAGGGAGCUCUGGACAUUACAGGUGAGAACAUUGAGGACCUCCUGGCCUAUGAUGACUUGUUCCUGGAUUAUUUCAACUGUUUCUUAGCUCUGCCGGUGUUCCCUCAAGCUAUUUUUUACAACCGACUGACCGGGGCGUUUGAGGAGAUCGAUGGCUCCACCCCCGACACCUGUGGGGUGCUGCCCCCGCUCAGCCCCUCCCUACACUUCGGCCCUACAGACGCCGUCAGGGAUCGUAUGCUGGAGUGGGCCCGGCAGGAGAGGCUGACGUUGUUUCUCAGGGCCGAGCUGUUCCGCGAGCUGAAGUUGGUCAAGCUGUUGUUGCGGCCCCUGGACACGGAGAGACAAUCCACCAGCCGGGAGAGCAGCCGGAACAUCCGGGGAUACAGCCGGGCGUCGGAGAGCUAUAUCUCAAGUCUGAGCAUCAGUGGCGACAACAGCGGCAACAACAACCUGAACGACUUCGAGGAAGAUUUCGCCCGGCUGGACUACAACGCCCUCUACCGGUACCAGAGACCGGGAAGUCGAGCUCUCUCCAUGCCGGUUGGCUUCUUCUACGACAACCAACAGUUUGACGCCCCGCCCACCGAAAACAACACCCCCUACCAGACGUCCAGCAAAUCUCACAGCGCUAUCGUCUCGACCACCACCGGCACCUCCUCCAGCUUCCGGUUCAAAGACUUCCAGGAGAAGCUGGUGCCGCGCGCCCACAACGAGACGAAAAACGGCAUCCUGACGUCUAGCAGCAAGACCCCAGGGGGUCGUCGACAAAGGACAAGAUUGUCAGAACAACCGGAUGUCGCGUCUAAAACCCCAAAGAGUGAACAGACACGGAACAUGAGCAGACAACAAUAUGACCGCGCUAAAUCUUCAAUGAGUCAAGCUCUGCCUUCAACCACAGAAGAGGCUUUUAUCAGAGGAGCAAGGGCCCUCUCCGCCCCCACCUAUCUCGACGACUACUUUGGCAUGCCUGGGUUCGAGUACCAGCCGUUCGAGGAAUUCUUCGGCGAGGCGGAACCGGAACCGGACGGUCAGCACUAUGUCCAGUUUGAGGAGGAGGGGAUCAGUGAGGCCCAAACAGAGGCAGACGUGAGGAACAUGGAGGGGAGGCUGAAGAUGACCGUGCAACAGGUCAAGGAGCGAAUGCUCGGAUCACACAAGACGUUCGAGGAAUUCCGUGAGUUUCUGAGAGGCACCUCAGGCGAGCACCUGCUGACCUUCUGGCUGGAGUGUGAGAACUUCAAGGACACGAUGGAGGAUUUUGAUGACGAUCAAAACAUGGACAUGCGCAACGCUCACUUCCGGAACAUCCAGGACAAGUACAAGCUGAAGCUAACGUCUGACGCCCUAGACCAGAUCACUCAAGCCGCCACCAACAAGGGCCUGAGCCACACGAUUUUCCUGAGGACCCAGUACGACGUGCUCAGGCGGCUCAGGGCCUACUGGGUGCCCAGGUUCCUCAUCCACUGUGAGAUGACCAAAGGAAUCAGUUUUGACGAAGAUGAAGAGAACCAGGACCCUAUGUCCCAACCCUACAAGUCCAUCUGUGCCACACCUGUCAGCUCCAGGUCUAGCCAUUCAGGUGACCGCCACCCCCAGCCCAUGUUCCCCUCCAUCUCCCUGGUCCACUCUAUGCCCGUGCUGCCAGAGGACGCCCGGGACUACGCCAACCGCCUGAGCAUGCACGUCUACGACAACAGCACCGCCAGUCUCAGGCGGAUGUUCCCCAGGCAGAGGUCAACGGUCUCGGCCAGGUCAAAGCGACCUGCCCCGACAUCCAAGAGGUCGACCAAAGAAAGAUUUGUACUAGCUCUAUCAGCAGACAAACAAGCGGGAGGUCCCUUCCAGCGUUACCUGUCCAGCCAGGAGGACCAGAGCCUCGUGGACAGCCUGCUGUUCUGGCAGGCUGUGACAGACUUCGGGUCAGUCCAGGACAGGUCGUCGGACAGGCUGCUCCGGCUGUGCCACGCCUGGGCCAUCUACAACAAGUUCCUGUCACGUGAUAGCCCUCAUAAGAUCGAGCUGCCAGAGAACGAGACCAAACACCUCCAGCACUGCCUGGAACGGGCCCGCGAGUUUAUGGAGGCCUCCAUCUUUGACCACGCCAAGAUCCUCGCCGUGGAGAAGCUGGAGAAGGCGUGGGUUCGGUUCCUGAAGGAGGAUCUCAAGGCAUUUCUAGACUGCCGAGUAAAGACGGGUGUAGAGAGUCCACCCAGUACAGCUGAUGCCAUUGAGAUCACAAUAACAGAAUAUGAUGUCGUCAUCAAACGACCUCGACCUUGGGUCAGAAGGACGCCGGGAUCUACAGCGUCUGAGAGAGCCAGGAGGUUGACUAAGGCGCUGGAGACGGCAGAGGACAUGGACGAGAGCAAGAGGGCGAAGAAGAGGGCGGAGGCGCUGGCCAGGAGGAAGGAGAUGGAGAGGGAGAGGAGGAAGGCUGUGAGGGCAGCUUAUGCCAGGCUGAGGGCAUCGAAGAGGGACAGGCACGGCAGUGAUUCUUCCAUGUUUGAGGACGGUCAGCCCGGGGGUGGGAUGGGCCUGGAGAAGAUGGACAAAAUACCUUCUAUACUAGAGGUCACAGGGAACAAGCCCGUGAUGGCCAUGUUUAAGAAGUACGUGACCGAAGAUGACGACAAGGAGAUCAACAACCUCAUACAACUUUACAACGACCUGGACGCAUACGUCGCUCUCAACGACAACAAAACCAGGAAAGAUAUGCAGUCCAACUACAUCUCCAAGCUUUACCUUGACCCUGAAGGCAAACGGUACGUCCCACUCAACAACGACGACCUAGCUGCCCGUGUAGCAGACGAGAGAGACCGGCCGUCGUCUGCCGUACUGAAGAACAUCCACGCCGCCAUCUUGCCCCGUGUGGAGGAGGUGUUCAAGGAGUUUAUGCUGAAACGAUCUGAAGAGCUGGGGAUCGAACCCCAAAAUCUGGCCACCAUCACCCAGUCGGAGCUGACCAUGCGCAUGAGCAGUGAGAAGGCCAUGAUGUCCAGCUGGGACAAGAAGAGGCUCAAGGGGAAGGAGGAGAGCAACAAAGUUCCCUACACCAGUCACAGCCUCGACAAGCUCCGGGAACUCGAGUUCACUUCCGUCAAGGUCAAUGUCAUGGAAGGAGAGCAAACCGCAAGAGCCACUCGCUCAAAAGAUACAGGUUCGAAACACGACACGACCACCGCAGCGCACGAUGGUAAAAAUCACAAGAUGCAUGUUGGUGAUGGUGGUAAUACAUCCACCACAACCACCACAACCACCGCAUCAACCACCACAGACACACGCAGUCACCAGAAGAGGCCGGAGCAGAAGGAGAGAGGUCAGAAAUUGAAGACCAUCGCGGAGUCUGAAGAGGUCUUGCAGGCGGUAGUGGAGGCGGGGUCAAGGUUUCGUAAGGGCGCCCAAAAACCUGUCGACCCCCGGGAUCAGGACGUGGUGCCGCCCCUGCCCCACUUCCCCACCCCUGGGUCACAGCGACCCCAGAGUCACUCGAGCAACCGCAGCUUCCACCUGCCGACCAGCAGACGAGCCAAGAAGAAGCACACAGGCCGCGCCCAGCCCACGAGAGAUGACAAGAUUGAGUUCCUGAACUGUCUGAACCAGUCCGCCAUGGGUCACCUGACCAUCCACAUGCUCUACUUCUACAAGUAUCUGCUCAAGCACGGGGAGGCUGACCAGAUGCCACAGAUAGACAAGGAUCUGUUUUUUUAUAUUGAGGUCCAGAAGUUUAAGGACGGCAGUCACGGCUAUUCCGACCCUGAGCUACUGAAAGGCAAAGUCCAGUCUAUUGUGGCCUGUUUCUUAGACUCUGUCUAUCUCCCUAGUCUACAGAUCGAUCUCCCCCAAGACCUGCACCAGAAAGCCCUCAAGAACGCCCAGAAGUACCUGAGCGGCAGGGAACAAUGGCCGACCCUGUUUGACGAGGCUCAGGUCCACAUCUUCAAGGAACUUCUCUUCUACUGGGCGGGCUUCAAGAGGGCCAUCUCCACACCGGUAGACCUGCAGAAAAAACCAGUGACGAAGUACGAGAAGAUGUUGAAGAAGCGUCUGGAGACUAUAGAGAACUACAAGGCACCCAGCUCCGACUUCAGUCUGCCCUCAAUACCGGAAGGGGCGGUGCCGUCUUUUUCCAUCUCGCUGUCUGAGGGGGUCAAGUUCAAGUUGUAUACACCACUUCCCCCUACCCGGGGUCCAACGAUCGAUAUUGAUGAGAGUGUAAACAGCACGCCCGUGCCAGACCUAAAGGACAGGAGAGGAAGCAAGUCUGGGAUCUUACUGCCGGAAGGUCAGAGGUCAAGGGGGUCGUCACGCAAGAAUUCGUUGGUUGCCAGAUAACAAGAGCGUUGAUUUAGUUGACCACAUGUUGACCACACGUUGACCACAUGUUGACCACAUGAACAAACCUUGACUACACAUUGACCACACAUUGACCACACGUUGACCACAUAAGCAAACCUUGACCACACGUUUAAAAAAACCACAACUGACCACAUGUUGAAAAAAAUUAAUCACAUUUUAACCACAAUUACUUGAAUGUGAUCAAAAUAAAAUCAGUAUCCAAAAAGCAUGAAUAGGCAUCAAAAUCGACUUACUUGACUUAGUCCUCUUUGCUCCUUAUGGAGCAUAAGGCCUCCACCAUACCCUUCCAUUUUGACCGGUCCCCGGCUAUUAAUUUUGGAAUCUCCCUUGACAUCCCUGUUGUCUCAGACAUUAAAUUACUAAACAUUAAUUAUAAUUGAUCCACAUAUUAAAAAUUGUAAAAUAAAACAAGAAAUAAACGACACAAUUCAAACCGCCUACAACAUGGGCACUAGCUGGCAAGAUAUUGAACGCUAACUGAACAAUGAACAUAAAGUUAACACCACCUUAACUUCUCACAAUUUCAACCAUAAAUGGACAACAAUUCACCUAAUAACGCAUAUUUGCUUGAUUGAAAGGACCAAACAUUAACCAUUUAUUUUUCACACUUUGUGUGAUUUAAUUACAAUGUUUUAUUGAUCUGUAGAGCUUAAUUGCAAUGUUUCAUCGAUCUAUAAAACUUAAUGACAUUGUUUAAUUGAUAUGUAUAACGUAACUGCAUAACUUGUAUAUUUUACUGGUAUAAUUUUGCUGUGUUCAAUUAGAAAUGUAUAGCGAACAGGAUUUGAGAUUUCUGUUAUUUUUUCCUCUCUCAUUUCUGGGAAAAUUAUUUUGACUUUUCCAAUAUACGCGCUAUAAAGUAAAAGUAAGUUAAGUUCUCUUGUUUAAUAUGACAACACAUGGGACAGGUAAAAUAGAGUUCAGCUGUUUCUGUGACCUUGGCAAAUGAUGGGAUAGUAUGCCCAGCCGUCUUUUACUUUCUGUAACAUGAGUUAGGUACCCAUUAGAGCUGGUUGGACUCAGGGUAGUUUGAAUUGCUUGAACCAGAAUUUGAACUCGAGACUUUCGGGUUAGUAGUCUAGCGCUCUACCUCUAGGCCACGCGUUGUACAUUAGGGGAGAAAACGUAUAGUUUAAUUUUAAACAUUAGUUUUCCAAAAAUAUAAUUUACAAAACACUAAAAUAAUUAUUUUUUUUUUGUGUUCGCUUUAUAACUUUUUCUUUCCAAGUUUAAAAAAAAAAAUGUUUUUUUUUUUUAAUUUACACAUGCAGCAUAACUUAAAGCAGUUUGUUUGUGUUCGAUUAAUAUGGCCGUAAAAUAAUAUUAUCCCUUUUAAUAUCCUUUCCAUCAACAACAGUUUGUCAAAGAACCGUAACAGCAGAUGUGGGUGAUUUCCCCUGGGUUUGUCUUUAUUUAUCCCUCCGUAAACAAAUUUUUUUUUUUCGACUUCGUUUUUUAUUAGUUUGUCAUUUCUCUUGCCGGUUAUGUAAUUGUAAUAGCCAGACAAAAUCGAUUAGUAAUUAAAUAUCUCUGCAAGGCUAACCUUCGUUCAAUAAGGUACUUAAAGUGUCUGCGGUUUUUAUUAAAACAAUCUGUCUCAAAGAACGCUAUGCAAAUUUAAAGGGAAAAAAAAAAGUUUUUAAACGUUAAUAAAACCACACCAUGACUGAUAUGUUUAUAUGAAUGAUAUGCUUUGUCGAUGUAACCGUUAUUUAUUGUUUGACAGUUUAUAUUUUUGAGAAUAAAUUUA